AUGCCCAAAUCUCGUGGCCUCACAAAGCUGUUGAACACAAUCCAGGUCCAAAAUGACUACUCCGUCCUCCCUGCCGGACUCGAAUGGCGUUCCAACACAGUGUUCAUCAUAGCCACAGUGGCAGUCGGUCUCUUCACGGAUCUCUUCCUCUACGGCAUCAUCGUUCCGGUGCUUCCUUUCAUGCUCCAAGAUCGAGUCGGAGUUCCUGAAGACCAAGUCCAAAGCUAUGUCUCCGCUUUGCUGGCCGGAUAUGCAGCGUCAUCGGUGAUUGCUUCGCCCAUUGCUGGAUACUUCGCGGACAAAACGGCGACGAGACAGGCGCCGUUCUUAUUCGGACUGGCGGCUUUGCUGGCUUCUACUGUGUUGCUGUUCCUUGGGCAGACGGUGGUGAUCUUGGCGUUGGCGCGGGUCUUGCAGGGUAUCAGUGCGGCGGUCGUCUGGACGGUCGGCUUGGCUAUGUGCCUCGAGACAGUUGGUCCGGAGAACCUAGGCAAGACCAUCGGGAGCAUCUUUGGAUUCAUCUCGGUGGGCGCUUUUGCGGCGCCACUUCUGGGUGGCGUUCUGUACGAGAAGACGGGCUACAUUGGAGUCUUUGGCAUUAGCGCGGCGAUGCUGGUCAUCGACUUUAUCAUGCGAUUGCUUGUGAUCGAGAAGAAGAUUGCAAUGAAGUACCAUGCCGAAGACCCGGAUUCUGUCGGCGACCUCACUGCCAGACAGCAGGAGCAGGACAACAACGACGGGGAACAGCAGGACUCCAACGGAAACAACAAUGGCCAGGAUCACGAGCAAACGCCAUUGCUCGGCAGCGUGCCACCUCCGGACGAAUACUACCAUCUGCCGCCAGCGGGUUCGAUGUCCGGCCUGUUUAGAAAGAUUCCUCUUCUCAAUUGCUUGUCAGACCCCAUGCUACUCACUGCUCUGCUGAUCUCCAUGGUCCAAGCACUCCUUCUGGGGUCAUUCGACUCCACGAUCCCAACUUUUGCGAAGCAGGCCUUUGGAUUUGCACCUCUCAAGGCCGGCCUUCUCUUCAUCCCGCUUGGCGUUUUCGACUUUGUGUUUGGUCCGGUCAUCGGAUGGGCCGUAGAUCGAUAUGGCACCAAAGUCGUCGCUGUAUUCGCAUAUGGCUUUCUGGGACCAGUGUUGAUCUGCCUCCGACUUGUUCAGCCUGGAGGGAGCGACCAGAUUGCCAUCUAUGUUGUCCUACUCUGUGGUUGUGGACUCGGUCUUGCUGGAAUUGGAGCACCCAGUAUUGUGGAAGCUGGAGCAAUCGUGCAAAAAUACUACGAAGCGAAUCCAAAGCUUUUCGGUCAGAAUGGACCUUAUGCACAGCUUUAUGGACUGAGCAGCAUGGUGUUCAACCUCGGUUUGGGCAUCGGACCUGAGCUCGCCGGAGAGUUAAAGGAGAAGAUUGGGUAUGGCAACAUGAAUGCUGUGCUGGCAGCCAUCUGCUUCUUUACUUGCAUUUUGUCUUUUGCGUUCAUCGGCGGGAAGCCGGAGGUACUUGUAAGAAACAAGUGGGUUCGAGCAAGAGGCAGAUGA